UAGCACCAGCUGACUUCUGCAGAACAAAUCAACACUAAUGUUACAGAGCUCCUGGGUGUCCGGCACCCGGUCCUCCUGGCUGGCAUGUUCAAUGUUGCUUCUCCGAAGCUCGCAGCAGCCGUCACCAACGGUGGAGGUUUUGGAGUGAUCGGAGGCGUCGCAUACACGCCUGAGCUUCUCCGAGAGGCUCUCAAAGAGCUCAAGAGCUACCUGGUAGACAAGAACGCACCGUUCGGAGUCGACCUUCUUAUCCCCAAGGUUGGCGGGAACGCCCGCAAAACCAACUAUGAUUACUCUCACGGAAAGCUCGGCGAACUCAUUGAGAUCAUCAUCGAAAGUGGUGCUAAACUCUUCGUUUGCGCCGUCGGCAUUCCUCCAAAAUGGGCAGUCGACCGUCUUCACCAGGGAGGCGUCCUGUAUAUGAACAUGAUCGGACACCCCAAACACGCCAUCAAAGCCGUCGAGGUCGGAGCUGACCUGAUUUGCGCUCAAGGAGGCGAGGGAGGAGGUCACACCGGUGACAUCCCAACCCUCGUUCUGAUUCCCGCCGUGGCAGAGGUUCUUCGCGGCAAAAUCAGCCCCUUCACCGGUCGCCAGGUAGCGCUAGUCGCAGCGGGGGGCAUCUACAAUGGACAGACCCUCGCAGCAGCACUCAUGCUUGGUGCUGGCGCCGUAUGGGUUGGAACGCGGUUCAUUCUCUCGGAGGAGUCUGGUGCGUCCAAGUUCCACCAAAAGGCGCUACAGGAGGCUGGUUUGGACGGCAUUAUUCGCACAACUAUCUUCUCUGGCCGGCCGCUCAACACCCAGGCCACGCCGUAUAUCCAGCGCUGGGAAACUGAGCGCCGGGAGGAGAUGUUGCAGUUGCAGAACAAGGGUAUCAUUCCGUUGGCUCAUGACAUGGAAACCAAGAAAGAUGAUGAGGAGGUUUUGGAAAAUGCGCACCCAGUCCUCAUGGGUAAGGUUGCGGGGCUUGUGCGAGAGAGACUCCCUGCUGGAAAAAUUGUCGCAGACAUGGUCGAGGAGGCUGCGGAGUUGUUGGAAGUUGGGGGGAAGACUGUUGCGAAGCUAUAGAUAGUUGUAUGCAAUAUAUGCUCCGUGAGAACUCCGUGUCUUCAUGAUUUCUUCCGCAAAUAGUGUUACAAUAUUCAAAUAUACCGAUU